CUUGAGACUUGACUUGAUAAAAUGGACUAAGACUUGGGACUCGACUUUGACUUGAAGGUCAGUGACUUGGGACUUGACUCGGACUUUAAGCUUGUGACUUGAGAAAACUUGAGAAGAACUUUUAAAUCUGAAUUCUUUCUAUUCUGACUGUAAUGAUUCACACUAAGAUCUUGUCCAGACAUUUAAAAAGGAAAAAAUAACUAAAUUAAUUUCUACAACUCUCAUAUAAAUACUCAUAUAUAAAUAUACUAUGAUUUUUUUAAAGUACAAUUAAUCUUAAAAGUCAAAUAAAUUGCAAAAAUCUAAGCUAUAUUUGGUACUUUGGUUUAAAGACUUGAAAUGACUUGAAGCUCAAAGCAGACGACUUGGACUUGACUUGGACUCAUGGGCCAAUGACUCGAGACUCGACUGAGACUUACCUUUAUUUGACUUGGGACUUGACUUGGACUUGCAGACUUGGACAACAAAGACUUGGUCCCAGCUCUGAUACUAGUGCUCGGGGUGGGGAGAGUAGCCAAAAAUUGACCAUAAGUAAGAGUAAUGUUUUUUCAAAGUAAUAUUCAAGUAGAAGUACAGAAGAGUGGUUCAAAAAAUUAUUUUAGAAAUUUGGGAAAUAUACUACUCAAGUAACUUGAAGAGUAACUGUCGGAAUAUAAAAUAGAAAUAGAAAUAAAUUAAAAUAAAAUUUGACUUGAAUGCAGAACAAAACAUCAGAUAAUGCACAAAAUCUGGUAUUUUUCAAGGAUAGACCCAAAAAUUAGACAAACUAAAUCAUAUCUGAAGGAGCAGCAUAGGAAACACAAAUGUGCAAAUAAUUUCAUAUCGUCAGCAUAAAGCGUUUGUCACUAACCAAAUCUUUUACUCAAGUAAGAGUACUGUUACUUCAAUAAAAAAUAUCACUCAAAUAGAAGUGAAAGCAUGCUACAAAAAAGUUAUCUGAAAAUUUAAAUUUUCUCAGGUCACUCAAGUAAAUGUAUCUGAGUACUAAGGGCUGUAGUAAGGGCUGAUAUGAUUGGUUACUACUAAUUUACAUUAUUAAUACGUUUAUUAAUAAUAAUUUACAUCACUAAUAAGUUUAUAGGCAAUUAAUAAUAGUAUCACACAUAAGUUGUACUACGUUGUUUAAAUGGCCUAUAUACUUUAACAUUUAAUAUGCUUUCUAUAACAAGAAGUCUAUUUUAUGAAUUAACACAUUUUAAACAAAUCAUAAUGCAUUUGAACCUGACAAACAAAAAUCUUUACAAAUAUUUUUACUGCAUUCAUGCUAAUACCAGUAACCAUGAAAGUAUAUCAACAGAAAGUGCUUUCAAAAGCCAACGAUUUAUUUUACUGCGUACGAUUAUUUUUUGAAUGAAUAAGUUGUUUACAUGCCGCUUCACGUGCCGCGUUCUUUUGCGUUAUGUCAUUGGCUGAAACGUGAUAACCAAGAACUCACGUGAUUGGUCCGUGUCCCCGAAGCGACGCUCUGAUUGGCUCUUAACUCUUUGUCCCGCCCACCCCGGAUCUCUUCCUGUUCAGGGGUCAGCCGCUUUCAGGUGGUAAAACAGUUGUAAACAGUGGCGUAACUUUGACUUUUAACUUACUCUGUCCUGCACAAAUUCAAUCGGAAUAAUCUCCAAGGCAAAAAUGCACAUUUUAAAGUGACUCACGGUGCUUCUUUACUAACCAGACAUGGCAAGGAUUUUCCAGAGAGCAUUCGGCCUCAAGUCAACUCUAAGAUACGCCCAAGUGUCCUCCGCUCACAGACUCGCUCCCUCCGACUCUCCUUGCAUCACAGCAACCAGCCAUUUUUACCCGUCCAGGUGCAACACUCGAAAUGUAACCACAGAAAAUGCAGACAGAUCCAAAUCUUCACCCCCGGAGAGACUGCCUUUCUCCAGGGUGACUAAGGAAGACCUGGACUUUUUCCGGAGCAUUCUUCCCGGCAGAACCAUCACAGACCCGGACCUGCUGGAGUCUAGUAACGUGGACUGGCUCAAAUCUGUCAGAGGUUCCAGUGAGGUGCUGCUACGACCUCAGACUACAGCUGAAGUCUCUCAGAUACUCCGGUACUGUAAUAGCCGUAACCUGGCCGUGAACCCUCAGGGGGGUAACACUGGUCUGGUGGGGGGCAGUGUUCCGGUGUAUGACGAGAUCAUCCUGUCCACCGCUCUCAUGAACAACGUGCUCAACUUCGACCACGUCUCUGGUAUAGUGACGUGCCAGGCGGGCUGUGUGCUGGAGAGUCUGUCCCAGUACCUGGAGGAGAGGGACUACAUCAUGCCUCUGGACCUGGGGGCGAAGGGAAGCUGCCAUAUCGGAGGAAACGUGGCCACAAACGCAGGCGGGCUCAGGCUGCUGCGCUACGGCUCUCUGAGAGGAACUGUGCUGGGGCUGGAAGUGGUUUUGGCUGAUGGGAGGGUGCUGGACUGUCUGAACACUCUGAGAAAGGACAACACAGGAUACGACCUCAAACAGUUGUUCAUCGGCUCAGAGGGAACGCUGGGAGUCAUCACCGCCGUGUCUGUGCUCUGUCCACGCAAACCCAAGUCUGUCAAUGUGGUGUUCCUAGGUUGUGAUACAUUUGAACAACUCCUGAAGACGUUCCAGCUCUGCAGAGGCAUGCUGGGAGAAAUCCUGUCUGCGUUUGAGUUUCUGGACAGUGAAUGCAUGAGGCUGCUCAACACACACCUCAAACUGCCAAACCCCAUCUCAGAUUGCCCAUUUUACAUCGUCAUAGAAACGGCAGGAUCUGACCCGAAUCACGACAGCGAAAAGCUCCACAAUUUCCUCGACGAAGCAAUGAACACGUCUGUGGUUACUGAUGGGACGGUGGCGACAGAGGAGUCCAAAAUCAAGGCCUUGUGGUCCAUGCGUGAGCGAGUGACCGAGGCUCUGACCCAUGACGGCUUCACGUAUAAGUACGACAUCUCCCUCCCCGUGGAGCUCAUCUACAGCCUGGUCCAGGACAUGAGGCAGCACCUGGGCCCCAGAGCGCGCAGUGUGGUGGGAUACGGACACGUGGGCGACGGUAACCUCCACCUGAACAUCACGUCUCCCGCUAAAGACGCUGCUCUCCUGGCCGCUAUCGAGCCUUUUGUGUACGAGUGGACGGCGGAGAGGAGAGGCAGCAUCAGCGCGGAGCACGGACUCGGCCUGAAGAAGAGGAACUACAUCUACUACAGCAAACCCCCUCAGGCCGUGACCCUCAUGGGUGACAUCAAACACAUGCUGGACCCCAAAGGCAUCCUCAACCCCUACAAGACUCUGCCGGACCACCUCACAUGAACACCUCUGCAAAUGUGAUAUUACACUAAAGGUACACUGUGUAACUUUUCUGAUAUUUGUAGCACUCUGAACUGAGUUUUAUACCUCGACCCAAGACGACUCUCGCUAAAAGCAGCUGAGAAAUGGCAGAACGUCAUGAUGAAUAUUUAAGUCUGAUUGGUCGAAACUAAGCCAAAAAUAAAACCAAACAUAAAACCUUGGACUGGACGAUUAGAAUUUGAGUCAAAAUCUGAGCAUGAGCUGCUGGUCUUUUCAAACAGGAGACUCUCUUUUAGUGCUGCUCGAUUAUGGAAAAAAAUCAUUAUCACGAUUAUUUUGGUCAAUAUUGAAAUCACGAUUAUUCAACGAUGCAUUUAUUCAGCAUUUCUCUCUAAAAAAAAACCCCACAUUGUUAUUGAUAAUUUACGCGCAACUUUCAAAUUGAAAAUAAAUAUAGGCUAAAAAUAUGAACCUUAGAGCAGUUUUGUGAUGUAUAAAACAAAAAAUGAAUAAAAUAUACUUUGAACAUGAAAUAAAGCAUAGAAAAACAUAAAUGUAUCCAAAAUAAACUAUAUAUCCAGCUGUUCUACAAUCUCUGUAUUUUAAAAAAUUAAAUAAAUAUACUUAUUUAUAUAUAAAAUAUCCCAGAAUUGUUAAGCUUAUCAUUUCAACUCGAUUAUAUGAGUUUGGAGAUCGUUUGACACACAAAUCAAAAUCGCGAUCAAAAUUCAGUUAAUUGUACAGCCUUAAUCUCUUUACAAUAAAAAGAAGGAAAAUGUAAACUGCCUUUAAUUACACUUGUAUUGAUACAUAAUCUAAUAGUUUAAAUUAGAAUGAGAUAUUUUAUUUAUGAGAUAUUUUAAUUGCACAAUAAAUCUGCUUUGCAAAUAAGAAAGUUUAAUAACAAUUCUCGAUUUCAUAAUUUUGCAAUUUUUCAAAAUCUCUAUUAUUAAAAGCACAAAUUAGUUGAAUUAAUUUGAGUAAUUGCCCAUCGCUAGUUGAAGCUUCAGACCCCGAGGAGUCAAACUUUUGAUAAUCCAGUUGAGAGAAAAGCACAGACAUCUUCCUCAUUCACAAAUGUACAAAGUUAAUUUUUCUGCUAAAAAAGCCUGAAGUUCGUGGCCUUGUUUGUUCAGGUUGGUGGCCACUUCAUUUUGAGUUCUGCCCAAACCUCGAUGCUGCUACUGGUUCACUGAGCAAUGACACCUACGAGAGCUUAGCCAGAUGGAUUCUCAGUUUGUGAAUUCAUCUUGUUGGCCAGAUUAUCCACCAUCUGCUUGUUUUGUGAGGUGAUAAAAACACAGAGACAAACAGGUAACAGACCCUCCAGUAGAAAAGUUACAUAACGCACCUUUAAGCACAAUCAAUGCAGUCAAUGUGUUUUGUUUGUGUAAUGUGUUGAUUAUUGAUGCCGAAUGUUGAUUUUUAUUUAUUUUUUUCCCACAUAUUUAUAAGAACUUGUAUGUUUAUUAUGUCAAAAUUUCAACUGGAUGGUAAAACUUUUUAUAAAAUCAUCAUCUGACAUUCAAACAGUUCCACCAGUGUAAAAACUAGGGGUGUCAAAU